CCAGCCCCCUUUCCCGUACAAGGCGACUGUUUUGUGACUGUGACAUCAUGGUGUGGGAGGUGGUGACCCCAGCUGUGCUGUCCAGUGACCCCAAAAAUCACAAGGUCCAGGAGCUCGAGCCUCAGGCCGAACACACAGUGAUGAUGGAUGCAGAUGGAGACCAACCACAUGACCUGCUCCGCUGUGAGGAGCAUUUCCCUUCCUCACCUGGCUUCCCCACCAGUGACAGUUACAUGGAAUAUGACGACCUGCCAGAUCUACAGGAGGUUCAGGAGGAAGCGGAGCCAACAGCUCCACCUGUUUACCAGGUGGAGGUGGGUGUGUCGCACCAGGAGCUACAUGCACGUGAAGAAGCACACAGCCCACAGCCUCCCGACACACACUGGCUGACACAGCUGGCUCACAUCGCCACCGGGCCCCAGAGCCCACUGCUACAGGAGUCUAGUCACAGCAGCUCCUCUUUGGUCUGCAUCUCCAGCACCAGCAGUGAUCUACAUUCCUACGCCCGGCCACCUCCGCCUGCUCUCCCCAGCAGCACAUCGCCGCCCCCCAGAGGUCAUGGCAGGGAGCGUCGACGCAGCAGGACGAACAGUGAAUGUGGCUCUGCAGUGUCGACCAGGUCCUCUCUCUCUGACGAUGAAGACAUGGGUUGGAGCUUCUCCUGGCCACCCACUGCCUGGCACUGUUUUCUCAAAGGCACUCAUCUGCGUUUCCACAGUGGUUGUAACAUGGACUGGCAGGAUGCGGAGGAGUUGGACUCUGCUGAGGAAGACUCUGGUGAUGAGGAGCAGUCCAGAUCUCUCAAGUGCUAUGGCUCUGAGGGUCUGCAGCUGGUGGAGCAUUCAGAGAUUGUCUUAUCUGGUCAGGCUGUCCUACAGCUGACCUUUGACCCCGGCACAUUUGGACAUACCCCCAUGACUGCCAGGUGCCAACUUGACCACCCCUUCUAUGUCAAAAGCAAAGGGUGGUCAUCCUUCUACCCAAGCUUGACUGUGGUGCAUUAUGGGAUACCAUGCUAUGAAAUGGAGGUAGGAGAUGUGUGCCUACCCCCAGGACACAGAGAUGCCAAAGACACGGAUGACUCGCUGGUCUUUGACACCUUUAGGAGUUAUGACUUCACUCCUCUGGACUCCUCUGCGGUUUACGUGUUGAGCAGCAUGGCCAGACGGCGGCGUGCCUCCCAGUCCAGCGGGGGAGCUGUUUCUCCAGACAGAGACGCCCACAGUCCCAGCCACGCCCGCUCUCCUCAUCAAAAGCCAACCAAGAGCCAGCAUGCCGGUGCACAGACAGGAAGUAAUGUCACACCCACUAAGUGCAAGCGGCCAAUGAACGCCUUCAUGCUGUUUGCCAAGAAGUUCAGGGUGGAGUACACACAGAUGUAUCCAGGCAAGGACAACAGAGCGAUCAGCGUGCUCCUUGGUGAGCGCUGGAAGAAAAUGCGAAGUGAGGAGCGGCGGGCGUUCACCCUACAGGCCAAAGCCCUCGCCGACGAACAGAAAAGACUCAACCCAGACUGCUGGAAACGCAAACGAACGAACUCUGGUUGUCAGGGAAAUUAAGGCUACAGAGAAGAAAAGAGGACAGCUGACAGAGCCUGUAGGAGACACACACACAAAUGAAGAGGUGACAAAGAAAAGAGAGCUAUGCAUAACCUAAUACUUUGCUUCAAUAUUAUAUUCUGUUAACAGACUUGCCUUAAUCUCCCAAAGUGAGGAUUUAAUUCAGUCUUUGUAAAAAUGCUCACAGACCUUGUCAGCAUACAAAUGAGCAGCAGUGUUUGCUUUUGGCAAACACAAAAAAAAAGUCACUUUCCUGUCUCUUGCUUUUACAAGGUGCUGAUCUUUAAAAGGACUAAAUCAUUACAUGUUUAUGGUAAUUAUAACAAGGUAUCUAAAUGCUAUUGAGCACCGUCGCACCAAACAAAAUUAAGGCGCAGAUCAGCGGGGUUUUAGUUACGAAUGGAACCCCACAAAUGAUUUCACAGCGAUGUGACAAUAAAAAUAAAGAGAGAGAUUGGGAUCAUUUUCAGUCUCUCACCAUAUGCUUGAAACAGGUGGAAGUUGUGGUGCUGUAGCAUGUUAGGUAGAGUAGAGGAUGUAGCUAUUUUCCCUAAAUUAUAUUUUACAUAUAAGGAACUAUACAAAGUAUUUUCUUGCCUGUAUUACUUGUAUUUGCAUUCGGUGUAUUUCACAGGACUUCAUAUUUUAACUUUGCUUUCAUCCAAAAUGUAGUUAUUAAACAAAUGUACACCAUAAAUCCUCAAAUAGGGGCCCAGUUAUUUUUUUUAUUUACCUCAACUUAAUAAAGAAUCAGGCCUUUUACUGUAGACAGGUUAUUUCAGAUUUUAUCAGUUUUAAAUAUUUAUUUUAGUGAGAAGGCUUCACCUACAUCUGAUCGGUUCUAGUUUUUAACAUUAAAAUCAUGUUUUGCAGUUCAGGAUGAGAAUCCCUUUACUUCCCUAGAAGGCUUUUAUUUGAAAAAAAGAGUUGGUUUUGAGUUUCCUUCAAGAAAGUACAAGGAAAAUACUUUGUACUGAUGGAGUGAAGGCUGAGGAAAUGCGGAUUAUGUUACAUUUACCAGAGUAGCCACUUCCCUGCUUUUGCCCUCAGCUUUUAUUUGUUGGGGCUUUUACUUGAGAAUUUACAGGAAUUAAUAAGUAUUGACACAAAAGAUAUGAAUUCACAUUUGCAGCAAAGAUACUCUCAAUGUAGGAUUUCCAAUGAUGUGUUAUCGCUUUUGAUUCUAACAUCUGUGUGUGCCAUAACAUUUUUAAUGUGUUCUAUGAAAGUAUAUUUGUGUGUGUAAUCAAAGAAGCAGAAACACAGGUGAGGGUUGAUGAGGGUUCAAGUUACUCCCAGCUUUAUUUAUAAGGAGUUUUGGUGGUUUACGGUGUCAAAAAUAGGAACAGAGCUUAAAGUAGUUAGAGCUUAACGUGUUUUUGUGAAAGAUGGGAUGAGAAGAAAGUGAUGAGAUAAAUUCUUCCGAGCUGAUACGGUCACUGAUCAACAGCUACUGUCAACAUUCAGUGGAAAUCAUUGCCAUAAAAGUGACCUGCACUGGUCAGUGGACAUUAUCAGUCAUCACAAAAAAACCUGUGGCUUUUGUGUUUUAUUUUAAUCAGGAUGUUUUGGACUUUUCUUUUUUUGGUCAGAAAUGCAACAGAUUGUUUUUCUCAUCUCUUUGAAUGUGUUUACAGGAAUCAGCAUUUCAGUCUUUAAUUUAAUCUCCCUCAGAGACAUUAAAUUAAAGAUGGGGGUAAGAGUGGCUCAUUGAGCCCUGGGGAGUUUAGACUUGCGGUGAGUUUGAAACAAACUGUUAUACAUAAAAGACUGAAAAAAACAGUUGAAAGCCCUCAAAAUAUACUCAUUGUACAAUGAGACAGACCUGGACCCUCCAGGACUUACUGGAAAUUGGACAUUGGGGUUAGACCCAAGGCUACAGCUUCAUCUGUUCGUUAAUGUCUCUCAGAGACAAAGAUUUGGAAAAUAGCAACACCUGUUAGCAACCGGAUGAGCUAACAGGUCUGCCAAUUUGUUUAAUGUUAUACCUGAAAAGCAAGACCCAGGGCUAAUAAAG